AUGAGCAUGUCUUCUCAAGACGCCGUGCAUUGUCUCGGUCAUUUGCUGCUCCCUACACCCCCGGGUAUCUCGGAGCUCUACGCGAGACAGGCUGUAUAUAGGGCCAUCGCAGCCAUGGACCGCCUAAUCCGCAGCCUCAUACGACGAGAACAACCCAUUAGCAAGAAACGACUCAUCGACCAAUUCCCAGAGAUGUCUAUGCCUGGGGCUCCGCGAUGGCAGACUGCAUUGACACGCUCUCUAGGCCUACUUGAGAACAACAAGGAGUAUAAUAGCGGAGUCCAGAUGGCCACUCUGGACGACGAAGGCGUCCCACGCGUCCGUACUCUCGGGUCCAGAGGACUGUUGCACCCCAAGGGCUGCCCCAACCUGCCCGUAUUCGUGUUCUCAACGGACGUGCGAAUGGAGAAGGCCCCGCAGAUGCGGAAGCAUCCGCACGUCGAGUUCGUCUGGUGGUUCCGCGGCUCGAGCGAGCAGUAUCGCUUCUCCGGCGUCGCACGCGUCAUCACUUCGCCCGACGUCGACCUGGGUCCCGCCGGGCCGAUCCAGGAGGACACCCUCGCGUUGAACAAGCUGGGUGAGCAGGGCUUCGAUUGGGAGAAGAAGAUGGGCGAACUCUACGACGAGGGCGACGACAACGGGCUCCGCGCGAGCUUGAACCGCCCUCCGCCCGGGACGCGCAUCCCGACGUACGAGACGGCCAAGGAGUGGGUGCCAGAGGUGCCGAGGCUGGGGCACGCGAAGGACGACGCGGACCGGCAGCGCCAGGAGGAGGGGCUGCGGAAUUACGCGCUUCUCCUCGUUGAACCCUUCGAAGUGGACUGGUGCGAACUCGCGCUGAGCCCGCACCAGAGGACGAAGUUCAGGAGGAAAGGCGACGCAUGGGAGGAAUGGCCAGUUGUACCGUGA